AGCACCCGGACAUUGAGAAUCCCGAACACGUCACUACGAACCAUCCAACUUUCCGGACAUUGAAACUUCCGAGAAGCUGUUUGACAAGGCUUAUUGGUCAAAAACAUUCGCGAUGAGGGGCCUCGAUCUCCAAUUCUCCAUCAAUGCACCAAAUUAAGCCUGAUUCAGUGUGUUGGCGAAAGCGACCUAAGAAUUCCCCGCAUAUACUUAAUCCUUACCCCUCCUCCAAACAAAAUUCAUCCUUGUCCAACAAGAUAUCACCCUGCACGAAUACUUCACAAUGUCUCCCUCCGUUGUUUCCAACAAGACCUAUAGCAUUGCUGCCAUCCCUGCCGAUGGAAUUGGCCCCGAGGUUAUCGAGGCUGGUAUCACGGCCUUGAACGCUCUGACCGAUACCCUCAAAACUUUCAAGCUCGAAUUCAAGAACUAUGACUGGAGCUCUGAGACCUACAAGAAGACCGGCAAAUACAUUCCCGAUGGCGGUCUCGAGGAGUUGAAGAAGCACGACGCUAUCUUCUUCGGUGCUGUGGGCGCUCCUGAUGUCCCGGAUCACAUUUCUCUGUGGGGCCUCCGUCUCGCGAUUUGCCAGCCCUUCCAGCAAUAUGCCAACGUGCGCCCUACCCGCGUGUUCCGCGGCACCGAGUCGCCACUGCGCAAGUGCAAGAACGGUGACCUUGACUGGGUCAUCAUUCGUGAGAACAGCGAGGGUGAAUACGCCGGCCAGGGUGGCCGAUCUCACGCCGGCAAGCCUUGGGAGGUUGCGACCGAGGUCUCCAUCUUCUCUCGUCACGGUGUUGAGCGAAUCAUGCGCUUCGCCUUUGAGACUGCGCAGAAGCGUCCUCGCAAGCUUUUGACCGUUGUCACCAAGAGCAAUGCCCAGCGUAAUGGAAUGGUUCUCUGGGAUGAAGUUGCCAAGGCAGUUGCUGAGGAUUUCCCCGAUGUUACCGUUGACAAGAUGUUGGUCGAUGCUAUGACCACCCGUAUGGUUCUGAAGCCCGAGUCUCUGGAUACCAUCGUGGCCACGAACCUGCACGCUGAUAUUCUGUCCGAUUUGGCCGCUGCCCUGGCCGGAUCCAUCGGUAUUGCCCCUACCUCCAAUCUCGACCCUACUCGCGAGUACCCCAGUAUGUUUGAGCCUAUCCACGGCUCUGCCUUUGACAUCACUGGCAUGGGUAUCUCCAACCCCGUUGCUACUUUCUGGACGGCCGCUGAGAUGCUCGCAUGGUUGGGCGAGGAGGAUGCCUCCAAGAAGCUGCUCGACUGUGUCGAGAACGUCUGCGAGCAGGGUGUGCUUACCCGUGACCUCGGUGGCCAGGCCACUACCAAGGAGGUUACCGAUGCUGUUGUUGCUGAGAUCAAGAAGCUUGGAUCUAAAUAGAAAAAGCUCGGUGGGUAGGACAUUUGUGAUUUAUCAUAAUUUUAGAAUAUGCAUGUAUUAACUUUGAACGAAAUAAACAUUUCUGGUAAUUGAUGACUCUCACGAGUCGGAAUAAGCAAG